CGAGCAGAUUCAUGAGGACAAGGAAUAGCAGGUUUCUCUGACCUUUUCUAAAAUUUCCUAUCCCUUCAUUCGCUUUUCCCAGAGUCCACUCCCCUUUAUCUGUGCUUCAAAAUCCCGCAAUUUUGUGUCAUUGCUCGACGGCAACCUCCUGAUCCUGGUCAGACAGGAUGAACGGCGAGGCCUACAGCUCGAGAGAUACCGGACGGUCGAGAGACUACUACGGCUCUCGUUCCGAGCGAGAUGAUCGAAGGGAUCGCGGCGACCGUGGAGAUAGACGCGAUAGAGACCGGAGACGAUCUAGGUCUCCGCACCACAGUUCCCGUUCCUCGCGUCGCGAUCAUGAGUUAGAUUCGUAUUCCAGCAGUCGCGAUUAUCGCGCACGGGAGCGAGAGGAUCGAUAUAGCCGACGUGAUGACCGAGACUGGGAUCGAGAUAGGGGCGAUAGAAGACGUGAUAGACGCGAAGACGAUGAGAGACCUUCGCGACGGGAACGCGAGCUUUUUGAUGACCGGCCUCGUAGGGACCGUGGAGGCAGAGACAGGCGAAGAAGCCAGAGCCCUGCACAACGAAAGAAGGAACCUACUCCGGAUCUGACGGACGUUGUGCCGAUUCUGGAACGGAAACGGCGGCUGACUCAAUGGGAUAUAAAACCUCCAGGUUACGAAAAUGUUACCGCCGAGCAGGCGAAACUCUCAGGCAUGUUCCCCCUUCCAGGCGCACCACGUCAGCAGGCAGUCGAUCCCAGUCGUUUGCAAGCGUUUAUGAAUCAGCCAGGGGGAAAUGCAAGCAAUACGCUCCUCAAGCCCUCAAAUUCUCGACAGGCCAAACGGCUCUUUGUUUACAAUUUAUCUCCAUCUCUUUCUGAAGAUUCUAUUGCACAAUUUUUUAACCUACAGUUGAAUGGUCUAAACGUUGUCAGCGGUGUUGAUCCAUGUGUGUCGGCACAGCUGUCAACUGAUGGGACAUUCGCCCUGCUGGAGUUCAAAACCGCGGCCGAUGCCACCGUUGCAUUGGCUUUCGACGGUGUCUCAAUGGAACCCGAUGAUGCCAACGGCCACACAAACGGAUCGAGCCAAGGUCUUUCUAUUCGGAGGCCGAAAGAUUAUAUCGUACCAUCCGAAACGGACGAUUCGAACCGUCAAGAGGGCGUCGUUUCAAAUGAAGUCCCCGACUCUCCCAGUAAGAUAUGCGUUACGAACAUUCCUCCAUUCAUUCAAGAAGAACAGGUAACAAUGCUUCUGGUAUCAUUCGGCGAGCUGAAGUCCUUUAUACUGGUCAAGGACAGCGGAACCGAUGAAUCUAGGGGCAUUGCUUUCUGCGAAUACGUCGACCCCUCAUCCACCAACAUUGCAGUCGAGGGUUUGAAUGGCAUGGAACUCGGUGAUAAACGGCUGAAGGUAACCCGAGCUAGCAUUGGGGCUACCCAGGCUGCUGGUCUUGAUAUGGGUGUAAAUGCUAUGUCAAUGUUUGCCAAAACGACAUCUCAAGAUCUUGAAACUGGUCGAGUUUUGCAGUUGCUCAAUAUGGUUACGGCUGAGGAACUGAUGGACAACGAUGACUACGAAGAAAUCUGCGACGACGUUCGCGACGAGUGUUCAAAAUAUGGACAAGUCCUUGAGAUGAAGGUUCCACGGCCUACUGGUGGCAGUCGGCAGUCAGCCGGUGUUGGAAAAAUCUACGUAAAAUUCGACAAUUACGAGUCUGCCUAUAAAGCAAUGAAGGCGUUGGCGGGACGUAAGUUCCAGGACCGGACAGUCGUGACUACAUUUUUUUCAGAGGAAAAUUUCGAUGUCGGUGCUUGGUGAUUACACCGCCCCUGAGAGGAGUUAAGUUUUCCAAAUCUAUCGGUGGUGCUACCCAUUCUAUUCGAAGUUUGACGAUAUUAUCGGGGUUCCGUUUUCAGCUUAAGGUAUAAGCUCUUGUUCAUGUUUGCGGGAAAAUGGCUAAACGAACGCUUGUAUUGCAACAGUGUAGUAUA